AUGUUGGACGACAUUGAUGCGUUCUUGGAGAUGGAGGCGCCUUACGGCUACGAAGAGGCAGAGCAAUAUCUGGACACUGCUAGCUCAUCCGAGAGCACAAGUCCCAUCAUAUCGAACUUCGAUAUGACGUUCGUACCCGACUUCAGUACCACAGAAACCAGCAUCUACCCCAGCCCAAUGAGCUCACAGCGAGACACGGAAUCACCGCAGCCCGCUUCAGAUCCGAAAGCCGCUGCCACCACCGCCAAACCUCCAGCGAAGAGGAAGCGUGAGAACAGAUACAAGAAUGCCCCGCCUUCCGUGCUUUCGCGCCGCCGAGCACAGAACAGAGCAUCACAACGGGCAUAUCGCGAGCGCAAGGACCAGCGCAUCAAGGACCUCGAGGUCAUGCUCUCCGAGCAGAAGCAAAAGAACGACUCCCUCAGCCAGGCCUACUCGGCAUUACACGACGAGUACCUCAAGCUCCGGGGCGUGCAGGCGAGGGCACACCAGAUGCCGCGACAUCACCCGACGACCGCCGCACCGCCACCAAUGAUGUUUGAUCCGUCUGCCCACAUGGGCAUGCCGACUGCCCAUCCCGGAGCGAUGGAUUACGCCGACAACAUGUACAUGUUUCAGGACAUGCAGACUUACACCCUAUGA